AUGUCGAUCCGUGCGACGAAGGGAAGCCGCUUCCAGCGUCAGACCAUGCCACAACUAGAGCUGAUGGAGGCCAACAGCAAGGGGAGGGACGCCACCGCGAGCGGAUGGACCACAAGAAGCGGGGCUUUAGCGGAAGGAACCAGCCACGUCCUGUACGCAUCCUUGCGAGGCCGCAUGACGCUGUCCCCGUCGCCACUAAUGCUCCCGACGGCACGCAAUGAAGUGAAACGAAACGGUGAGUUGUGA